GUUGUUGAUUCUGUGGGGAGACGUGGAUCCGUCGACAUUUUAAAAAUAGAUUGCAAUUUAAGACAGGUUGAAUUAUCACUGUUUUGGUGUUGAUACUGUAGUGGUAUCAUACCUUGAUAAAGUGUGAUAUAUUCGGUCAAAUUCCGUAGGUAAAGCUUGAAAUUUUACCAACCGUCAAUUAGGCUCUUGGUAUUGCAUUGUUUCCCAAGGCAAGAUGAGCAGUCAUUAUCAGCGUAGCGUGCCCCUGGAAGUGAGGAGAGCGGAAGGAGAGAGAGUCCGAGCCAAACAUCCCGACAAGAUACCGAUAAUCGUGGAGAGGGCUGCAAGAUCAAGAGCUCCUGAUCUGGACAAGAAGAAAUACCUGGUUCCCUCUGAUCUGACAGUGGGUCAGCUGUGCUUCUUGAUCAGGCAGCGGGUGUCCAUGCGGCCAGAGGAGGCGCUUUUCUUCUUUGUCAACAACUCCCUCCCUCCAUCCAGCUCCCCUCUUUCUGCUGUCUAUGAGGAACACCAUGAAGAAGAUCUCUUUCUCUACAUGACCUACAGCAAUGAGAGCGUGUACGGGGCUUAAGAGAGGGAGAGGGAGAGAGAAGGCGAAGGGGAGGGGAGGGAGAAAGGGAGAAAGAGAGGGUCCUGAAACUGAUAGAUUAACGCUAAAAUUUUUAAUGUUUUACCACUAUUAUUCCACUUGAAAUAAGUAUCAAGUUUUUUUCAGGAGAAUGGGAGACUUUGAGGGGAAUGGGGUUAAAAAAAAUAUGGUUGUUUUAAUUUUUUCAUCAUUUUGGAAUGGUAAUUAUGUGUUUCACAAUAGUCAGACAUUAUGCCAAUAAAGCAAUGCGAAUUUAAAAAUGGAAAAAAAGAUGAAGCAGGUGUAAAGUUGUAAAGAAAAAAAAAAAACGAUGAGGAUAUUGAGGGAAAUUAUUGAGGAAGUAGCCGCACAGCCUCUUUUCUUAGUCAUCUUUCUCUCUCAAAGUGAAUC